UAUACGAGCCGCCUAUUGGUCAAGAUACCGCAAGUAAAUCUGAAGAGUUCCUGUAAGCAAUGCGCUCUUUUUUACCUGCAGUGGCUGAACAGUUAUUUAAAGACAUUCAGAAAAUAUAUGAAGAAAAGUCACAAAUACCUGAUGACCUAUUGAUUGCGCUUAAGUUUGUCUUUGGCUCUUGUGCGCUGCAGGCGCUGGACCUAGUGGACAAGCACUCGGUCACCUGUCUGUCCUCACCCAGUGGACGCAAAGUGUACCAGGUGACAGGCGGCUCGGGCCGGCUGUACACCUGCUUCACCUCCUGCCACUACUGCCCAUGUCCCGCCUUCGCUUACGCAGUGCUCCGCAGGAACGACGGCCUUCUGUGCAAGCACCUCCUGGGCGUCUACCUGAGCCAGGCGAUGGGGCUGACCCAGCAGGAGAGCGUCUCUGACAAGCACAUCACCACCGUAAUGGCUGGGGGGUCCGCCGCCUCCUGACCCACCACCCCCACCUGAACCCGCAUUCCAUUUCCAAAGCACUGGAACAAUCUGGAUACCCCCCCCCCCCCCCCCCCCACCCCCACCCCCCCCGCGAAGCCCCGUGUCCCUACCCCCGCAGCCCACCAUGUGAAUGAUCGGGACACGCACCGACGCACACACCUGGGUGACACCCAGGAGCAGGGCGCUAAUCUGAGGUUCCUGCUCGCUGAAGGACUCCAGAUGGGUUUUCUGGAACAGUUCCUCGUCGGGUUCUGGUUAAAUAAACAGCUGGGACGUUUGAUUUCACUGGGCUCCUGAGUCAGCUGCUCCUUGUGGAAAUAACAUGUUUUUCUUUUGUACUUGCUAAAGUACCUUGUUAAUGCACAACAAUUUCAAUGUAACCUUGUUUCUUUUUAUAUAUACAUGUACAUUUCCUUGACAAUAAAGAAUGCUGUGGAACAAUA